AUGGCUGAUAAGAAAAAAGCUGGAGGAGAUGCGCCCGAAAAGAAACGAGAGGAAAAGCCGAAAGGGAAAGGAAAGGAAGAGAUUCCGGAGCCAGAGGAAAUAACUAAGACUCCCUCUCAAAUCGCCAGAGAGGAAGCGGAGUACAGGGCGUAUUUGCGCAAACAGAGGUUCAAAAGGAAAUGGCCGGAGAUAACGAAGGUUAAGAUUCACACGCGGCCCUGGAGGCCACCGCCGCCGCCGCAGAAAAUACCGCGAGUUAUGAUAGAACUACCCGAGAUCGAGACGCGCAAAUGGAUACCGCCUUUCCUGCGCCGGCGCAGGCGCAGACCCAGACGCAUGCGCAUACCACCCGAGGAGAUCACGCAACCGUUUGAGUACGAGUGCGGAAAAUUGAAGAAGAUCUGGCACAACUUCUCGCAAGUCGAGAAGAACAAGAUGAUGCUACAAGGUAGUGUCGGUUGUAACUCGAAAAAAUAUUCGUCUACCGCCUGCGGGUCGCAAACGGCGUGUAUAGCCGUUGUGUGUAGGGCUCUUUUGGAAGAGAAGACACCUGCCGAUCUGAUAAGGCGCGAUGUUGAUGAACUGAUUGAGGGGGGGGAUAGGUACUAUAAACAGUGUAUGCUGGCCAUGAAGUGUUAUAAAGGUAAACCGCAGUUACAAUUGAACCAACUGCUCACAUCGUUUUAUUUUCACGACAACAAAUACACUGUGAAGAUGGUGGAAGUUGAGAGGGGUUUGCUAGCUAAGCACCCGGAUAAUAUACAGGCUGAGCCGGAUUUGAUGGCGUUGAUGGAGAAACGCGUAGGUCAAACCUACAUGAUGAUACUAACAGCUGGGGACAAACACUUUCUUAUCUGGGGCCACCCCCCACCACCGGAGGCGGGGAGCCAAGUGCGAACCGUGUGUUACAUAUUCGACCCACACAUGCUAAAUAAUAUUGGACAGCCUGAUAAGCUAUUUGGCGCUGGUGCGUUUUUGCGUUAUGCCGGCAUCACGUCGUUCGUUUUGGACUUUCUGGGAAACUAUGGUGAUUUGGAUGCGGCCAAGAAGGGCACUCCUAAACCGGCCAUUGCUUUAACUAAUAUUGAGGUAGUCCAAAAAGAACCGCUCAUCCGUGAACCUGAUUAUGAGCUCGAUCUGAAAGCACUAAGGAUACAUUGCAGGAGCGAAUGGGAUAGCAUUAACAUCAACGCUCUUAUUGAUAAGAAGAUUAAAGAGGGCAAAUACCCGCAAUGUUCGCUGAGCGCAGUGAGUCUGGCCACGUCUCGCGCUACGUCGAGGCGAAAGGUUCGAGAUUUUUACCAGAAGCAACCGAAAGAGCCACCACCCCAACUACCACUACCGCCCGAGAAACCGCCACCAGCACCGACAAUGGACCAGCUGAUGCAGCUGCGCGGUGAGGACUUCUUCUUAUACUGCCCGAAGUCGGACGGUCAUGCGUACGGCAGAGACGAUAUGAUACCACGUCCCAAGUCGGAGACGGUGCUCCAUAGUCCGGUAGAGAUUGCCGACCAGAAUUAUCACUCGCAGUACCAGCAAAUCGAUGUGGAGAAGUGGAUACUGAGGGGCACACGGCAUAUGGCCAGUUACAGGUACCAAACGUUUAAAACGUUUACAAGCAUAGCCUGCUGCGUGGCGGCGCUUGGAAUGUUGCGCAGGCUCCGAGCGCGAGCCUGGAACGAGGACGUCCUUGACGAGACGCUCGAUGUCGGAUAUAAUUUCUUUAGAGAAUCUCUGUUGGAAAGAAGUGGACCGAUCAGAAGACUUGUUCUCGGCGAACUGAAGGAGACAUUCAGGAUAAGGGAUUAUGAAUAUAGUCAUACUGAUCGGGGUAUAGCCGUUUGGGGUAAGUUGAUAUCUACAGACCCAAAGGUGUUCGAUCUCUGUCGAGGAUUGGAGAGUUUCUUUAAAGAGUGCGACACGGGGAUAUUGCAGGUUCCUGGGGAGAUAGAAGUUUCAGUGUGGAACGAAGGUGGCAAGUACUAUGUGUACCAUCCGUGGCCAGCUGAUAGAUAUGGCUAUAAGGUGGGUUUGCAAGAUGGUGGCAAAGCCUGUAUCCUCUACUUCAGCCGAGUGUCCCGCCUCUGCGAACACUUCUUGGACAGUGUCGCCGAUCUCAAACGGAAGCCGUUUAGCAUCUCUGACGUCACCGUGCACGAGCGGCCGGAUAUGCCGGAACCUGUUAACAAGAUGAAACCGGUGGCCCCUAACAAGUGGGUGAUAAAGGGCCGUUUUCACGAAGCGGACGCCCGCUUCCCGGAAGAACAUAGAGGCAAGCAAGCAACGCCGGCGUCCAUAGCCGCCAUAGCUAUGGCGCAUGUGCUGGAGCCGCCUGCUUGGACUACUGACGACGUGGACGAGACGUUAAUCCGCGGCGAUAUCCUGUACCAAAACACAAUGGAACACCUCGAGAAAAUGGGCAUCAGCCUGGAAACGGCUAAACCGGAUGAGGAAGCCGGGGAGGAGGAGGAGAACGCGCCGAGCGGGACCCUCGCCGCCAUAGAUGUUAUGAGCAGGUUCAAGAUAUCGGAAUACGACUGUAUAGAGACUGAAGUGCUGGAUAGCGUGUACAGUGGUGAACUGAACCCAGAAGCUGGUUCCGGUAUAGUCUCCCUCAAGGAUUCGCUCAAACAGCUGUUCAAGGAGCACACGCACGCGGUGGUCACCGCUCGCGGCGGCUCCAUGGCCAUAUGGAGGCAUGAGGACAGCUUCUAUAUGUUUGAUCCGCACGGCUGUGACGAUAAUGGCUACCCAUCCGACGAGCCACGCGCCGCCGCGUGUUUGAUUCGCGUCAAGGGUACCACCAACGACUUGGCGAACGUGAUCCUCGGUAACUUAUCGCCGGGGAACGAUGAUAGCUUCAACAUAUCACCGGUUUCGGUGAUGGCGAGCAAGUUGAACGCCGAAUUGGGCGCUCCGGAGACUAAAUUGGAGAGUAAGGCGUUCGAGUGGAUUUCAAAGGGUACAGCGGCUAUCAUGAUGGGUCCGCGCGGUGAGAACACUGCUCUUGGGAAGUUGGCUGAGAAGGCUGGAAUUGGGGAAGAAGACAUGGCCGGUCGUACGCUGGCGCUGCCGGCGGCGGCCGCUUUCGCCGCGGCCACUGAGUCGGUGCCGCCGCCGCAUAUGCACCAGGACCAUAUGUACAAUUUCCUCGAUGCUGGCGUCGAAUACUAUCUCAAUCACGUGAAGAAAACUGGCAAAAAGGAGAUCCUACCGGAAGACCUGACCGAGAAGUUCGAAAUGGGCGCGAACACAUUCUCUAUCGAGCUCGGGGAUGCCAUCAGGUUGCCGUUGCGUCUGCCCGAUGAGCCGCAAGGGGAGGGCGGUGAAGAGGAAGCUGCGGAGAAGGAGACUGGGGAAGAACUCGAAGAAGAAGAAAAGGAAGAGCCAAUGAAACAAAUAAAAGACGCCCUCUUCAAAAUGUGGUACGACGAAACGAAACCCACGUCCGUAUCACUACUCGUCGGUGACUACCACCAGAUGGGUGUGUGGAUGCGAGCUGGUGGCAAGGUGGUGGCGUUCGACCCAGCUCCCACCCUAACCAAGGGGAUGCUCACCAGACAGAGAAUAACUAAGGGUGAUGAGAUAAGAUUGCAGCGCAUCAAAGACGAGAUGGCCGGUGAAGGAGGCGGCGGUGCUGAGGAAGAGGAAGAGGAAGCUGGUGGAGAGGGCGAAGAGAAACCCGAGCCGGAGCCGGAGUUUGUGCCGCCGGAGUCGUGUCCAGCUCUGAUGGUGUUCGCAAGUCCCGGGGAGUUUAUCGACAAGCUCACAUUACAAGGAGGUCUAGACAAGAAGCAAUGCCUUGCGCCGUACAAGCUAUAUCCGGUGAAGAUCACCAACGAAUUGACUUCCGUGGUGAAGGAGAGGAAGCAACCGGCGGCACCGAAGGGGGAGGACGAGGGAGCUGAUGAGGAAGAGGGCGAAGUCCUAAUUGACCCACUGGAGGACGCGGCCAUCGGCAAAUACUUUACGCGUCUCGGGCGUGCGGUGGCGUCAGUGCGCGGGCGGGUUGCGCAGAACGAGAAUUAUUUCUUGGACCAGCCGAAUCGAGAUAAUCAGGACGUAGCCAACGCGGCGAUGGGUAUAGUGGUGGAACACAUUGAGCCAUAUAUAUACUGGAAGGCGGCCGUGUUGGACAGCCUGCUGAAGUACGGGGACCGGCUGUACAGCAUGUCCCUGCCGAGGGCGAGCAACCCGCCGAAGCUCAGACCAGCGGAGCUGGUGCCCAACUUCCAUGUCACCACUUUCAAUGUAAAAAUGGAUGUAGAGAGCGACACAGUCACCGGCGAUAUAAAAGCUGGAGACACUGGGCCAGUGGUUGGUUUGAAGAAGGGGAUCAAUAGGUUCUUUGAGAGUAACAAGCACGGUAUACUCUGCUGCAAAGACUACUGUGUUGCCAUAUGGCGCGCGGCCGACGACAAGUCGUACUGCCUGUGGGAGCCCCACGCGGUGGGGCCCCGGGGUCUCGUCUCACCUGGCGGGGCCUGUGGCCUCGUCGCGUACUCCACUGUGGAGCUGCUCGCCGAUACGUUUGCGAGUAAUAUCGGCAAGCUGGCCAGGCCUGGAUCUAAUAAGUAUUCUAUAUCAGCGGUGAAAGUGUUCUGGGAGUUGUCCAAAGCCCCCGGUCCAGUUACACCGCAAGGGACAGUGCCUGAUGAAGGUUACGAGUGGAAGGUUUUGACUGCAUAUGUAGAAACAGCUAGAGGGAGGACCAUUUUGCGUGGAACCCGUCCACCAGACUUGGUCAAAUUCACCCGCGACGCCCUCUUACAAUCCGCUUGCGGCGCGAUAGUGAGCGCGUGCAUGUCGCACAUCCGCCGCUCGCACCUCUGGACGCGGCGCACCGUCGACGAGAUAAUGGCGGUCGCCUGCCAGCUGUUCACCGCCUCGCUCGGCUCGCUGGGCUAUGAGUUUAGACCGGGCGAGGAUGUGCUGCUGCCUCUACAGGUACUCAAGCGGUUCGUGCUUGGUGUCAACUACGUGAGAUACGAUUUGCAGCAAGUGUACACUGGCAAGUUGGAGCAGAAGGAGCCCACCGAGAUGACCGUUAGAUGUGCAUUGGAGAGGUUCUUCGAGUCCCACACGCACGGGAUCCUCUGGUCGGUGCCCCACGCGGUCGCAGUAUGGCGAGUAGCUGGUGCUCCAUCAUACUACAUGAUGGAGCCCCACGCGUGUGGCCCCACUGGGUUGAGGGUGGACGCUCAGGACGAUGGCGCCGCCUGCGUUCUAACUUUCACAUCAGCCAAGUUAAUGGCCUUUGCCUACCUCCAAAACGUGCCAGUGGUCGAGAGGCCAAAGCACGAUUUUCAAUUGUACGCGAUGGCCGUCACUGUGCAGCCGAUUAAGAAGCUGGGUGGAGUCGAACCCCCGCUGGUUCGAGCGCCACCUGGUGUCAGAUUGGUGCCGGCUACUAGUAAGGUGGAUGUGCACGGCAGCAAGCGCCGUGCAUCCGAAAGGGAUAGGAAACAUCCGCCGGGCAGCGCCACUUGUGUGGACGCGCAGCGAGCCUCGGAGAAGAGGGACAAGGAAGAAGGGAAGUUGAAGGGCCAAAGGAACACCAGCGGCUGGUUGGUACUCCAUGACGGCACUCAGUUCCUGUCCGCUCAGCACUCUAUGAGCUGCAAGAAGUUCCCCUACGCGUCUAGGGGCAAUCAGGCGCUCGCCUGCGCGGUGAUGGCGGUGGCGAUGUCGCGCGCGGAGGACGUGUGCCGCUGGUGCUCCUCCACCCUCGAUCAGAUACUGGACAGCGGCGACCAGCUGUACCAGGAUAGCUACCUGCACUUUAGGCCGCACUCGAAGAUCUUGAAUAUAGAACAGGUGUUACGCAAGUUCUACACUCCCGGCAAUUGUGUGUGCCGCGUCGUCGUCUACAGAGCGAGGCAGAAGGGUAUUGUCGAUGACGAUCUUAUUGAUCAGGUGUCGGAGUUCUUCCGCGAGGAGCGCUCCGGGGUCUUAGUGGCGGGCCUUGGUGAUUUUGCUGUGGCCCUGUUUAGGACGCCCAGAGGUUACUACAUGUUCGAUCCGGCGGAUAGAGAUAGAUACGGUCGGGCCGUAGCGCCGCCGUGCACGGGACGCGCGAGGGCUUGCUUCUCGCAAUAUCCCAAUGUAAAUGUUUUAGCAGCUCUAUGUAGAUCACAAUGUCGUGUGUGUAGCAACUCUAUAUACUUUAUAUACAUCGUGAGAACGUUAUGUGAAAAGUUGGGGCCGAAUAUACCGCCGGUUUUGAAGAUUAAGAAUGACGACAACGAUUCGAAGGAGGUAAAGGUGCUAGCCGAUAAAUCGAAAGAAAGCGCAUUUGACGAUUCGAAGGAAGAGAAAGAGGUACACUUCGAAGAGCCAGCACAUUUUGCCAUAUACGGAAUGGAUGUUACAAGCCUUCGUAGAUUGAAUCAGCAUGAAAGAUAAAUAAAUAAAAAAAUUUGUAAAAAAAAAUAUAUAUAUUUUGCAUUACUGCCAUCUAGCGGACUUGUUAAAACUAAGUCAGUUUUAUAUGAUCCGUAUGUUACACGUUUGAAUUGAUUCUUGUAUUUUCUAAUAGAUGGCGCUAUUUUAAAUACUUUUCCCGCGCAAUUGUAACGUUGAAUUGUUUAAGUCCACAUUCGUAACAGUGAAAUUAUUGUAAUAAAUUUUGUAAACUGUU